GCUACGUUCAACAUGGGCGCGUUUCGUUUGUAAAUCUAAAGCGUUCUGCUGGUGUUUGAAGUGUUUAAAUGGUGUAGCUGUUACAUUUGUUAAACACACACCUGAAUGAACGAAAGGACCACUCAUUCAGCAACAUUGACGAGGUUGCAGGAACAAGAAGAGGAGUUUCUGGAGUCAGAUCAACAUUUACGAGAGGCCUGUUUUUGUAGAAACAUGGAUGCUGCUGAUGCACAGGCGGAGCUAGAUUCUGUGGAGGCUGAGCUGGAGUCUGUGGAGCAACAGAUCACAGAACUUCUGGAAAAGCAGGCUCAGCUCACCUCUCGGAAAAACUUACUGCUGCAGGAGCUGGAAGAGGCUUGUAACACUGCGCGGCCGUCAUCCUCUUCAUCCUCAUCGUCCUCCAAGUCUUCAGUUGCGGAGCCUGUGUUGAGCCAGCUGGAAAUGCAGCACUAUGAUGGCACAGAUUUUCCUUGGUCCAAAGAGGUGGAGCAACACYUGAAGGACAUAUUUAAUCUCACCAAAUUCAGACCGCUGCAACUCCGAGCCAUCAACCUGACACUGGAUUGCAGGGAUCUGUUCCUGGUGAUGCCAACAGGAAGAGGGAAAAGUCUGUGCUACCAACUUCCUGCAGUCUGCUCCCAGGGUUUCACUCUGGUUGUCACCCCCAUGGUGUCCCUCAUGGAGGACCAGGUCAUGUACCUGAAGUCCACUAAUGUUUCAGCCGUCAUGCUGAAUGCAUCCAGCACCAAGGAGCACUCCAAGGCUGUGAUGUCAGGAAUGGUUGAUCCAAAAAAUCCUUUCAAGCUGGUAUAUGUGACGCCAGAGAAGAUUGCCAAAAGCAAAAUGCUGAUGUCUCGCCUGGAGAAAGCCUACAAUGCAAAGCUGCUGACUCGUAUUGCUGUGGAUGAGGUGCACUGCUGCAGUCAGUGGGGUCAUGACUUCAGACCAGAUUAUAAACUCCUGGGAAUCCUGAAAAGGCAGUUCCCCAAAGUGCCGUUGCUUGGCCUGACAGCCACAGCAACCAGCAGUGUCCUGAAGGACUGUGAGAAGAUCCUGUGUGUCACUCAGCCAAUCACACUCAGCAGCUCUUUCAACAGAACCAAUCUUUAUUACGAGGUUCGUAUUAAAAACUCUGAUCGUGAUGCAUCCAUAAAUGACAUUGUAUCACUGAUCAAAAGUCGAUACAAGGAGCAGUCAGGGAUUGUAUAUGUUUUCUCUCAGAAGGAUGCUGAGCUGGUUGCAUCUGAACUCCAGAAAAGAGACAUCUUGGCAUAUCCAUACCACGCUAACAUGGAACCUGAGAGCAAGACCAAAGUCCACCGCAAAUGGCUGUCUAACAAAAUCCAGGUGGUGGUAGCAACAGUGGCAUUUGGUAUGGGCAUUAACAAACUGGAUGUCAGAUUUGUUAUCCAUCACAGCAUAAGCAAGUCCAUUGAAAACUACUACCAGGAGAGUGGGCGAGCAGGUCGAGAUGACCUCCCAGCAGACUGCAUCGUCUAUUUCGGCUUUGCAGACAUCUUUCGGAUAAGCACCAUGGUGGUGAUGGAGAACACCGGUCAGCAGAAGCUGAUGCAGAUGGUAGACUACUGUCAGAACAUUGACAGGUGUAGGCGCUCGCUCAUGGCUGUUCACUUUGAUGAGGUUUGGGAUGACGAUGGCUGUAACCAGAUGUGUGAUAAAUGCCGCCAAGCCAAAGUCAACAUCAAUGUGGAUAUAACUCAACAUGCCCGGGAAGUAUUGCAAAUCCUGGAGCUGUCUGCCUCGAUGGAUGAGAAACUGACCCCGCUGAAGCUGGUGGAGGCCUGGAUGGGGAAGGGUCCSGCCAAGAGAAGGAAGAUGAUCCAGACCACGGUGCUGACCCGCCUGCAGGCUGAAGCUGUAAUCAUCCACCUGCUUCUCCAGGGAUACCUGAGAGAGGAUUUCAGCUUCACUCCAUACACUACCUACUUCUAUAUGAAGUUGGGUCGCAAAGCUYCUCUGCUGAAGAACUCGACUCACACGAUUCACAUGAAGAUAAGAGAAUGCAGCGACUGGCCUGCUGUGGUAAAAGCUGCAAGUGGCCAGGGCAAAGCCAAAGAAAGAAAGAGAUCAGUUGAAAGCAGUGGAGACCCCCCUGUAUCCAAGAAAGCCAAGACAGAGCUUUGGUAGCCYUCCCACCCACAGCCCACUCAGAAGACAAGUUAACAAAAACACAUCAGAUGUUAAAGCCAGCGAUGAGGCACAACCCAGACAGAAACUAUUCAAAGAGCAGAGGAACUUCUUAAGGCAACAAGACCUGAUGGUGGACAGGCAAACAGAAGGAACAGAAAACCAGCCUGUUUACAGGCAAGGAGAGGAAGAGGAGAUGAAGAGAAAACCAGUGAUAUUUCAGCAUGAAGUGGAAGUAGACUUAGAGAUUAAUAGAGUACAUAAAGCAGCUUUCAGUGAGUCUGAUCAAAUUAAGCAUGGUUCCAAGCGCAGAUCAUCCAGUUCUCAGAGACCGAGGAGGAAAUGCUAUUCUACUGAAGCAAAAGAAGCUAGGAAGUGUCCAUGUGACACCCCCAUCCCCAUGGUUCCCAGCUCUCCCUCCCAGGCUUCUGCUAUCUCUGACACAGCAGCCGAGGAGCUCUGUGACCUCAGGAACUACUACAGCAAACAGCUCCAGAGAAUAAACUACGUUUCCCUUGAACACCUGAGUCAACCAGCAGAACCAGGAGUUCUUUCAUGUAUAAGGGAGCCUCUGAAGAGCCUCCACCUGCCCCACAGGUUCACCAUUACCCAGAAAGCCCGCAGCCUGUGGACUCGUGUCAGCAGCAGAAGAAAGCGAGUCGGCUGAAGGAAACAAUGUCCACCAACCCAACAGUUCAUCUCACAGUUUGAA